CAGCAGUGCGUACGGCCAUCCGCCGCUGUUGUUGCGACACCCCCCGCUAGAAUUUAGUCAUCAAAGUCACUUCCAAGGCGCUCACCGUCUCUGCCAUGGACAUUUGCUGCGACCCAAACGAAGUGGAAGCCAAAUCAGCCGAGCGACAAGCCAACAAAAGCGAAAAGGAAAUUAUCGAUCGAAGAGUGAAAAAGUCAUUCGACGCCUGAUUUGCUUUGGCAAAGAGGGCACACAAAUCGUUUUUUCGCAAAAAUUCAUUUAAUUACUUCAAUUAUUCUACAAAAACGUUGUGCAGAAUUUAAACUAUCGAAAAUACAACGAUACAAAUGUGUGCUAAUAUAGCUGGUGUGCUGUAUUUGUGAGUGUUUAAAGUGUAAAAAAUUUAUUGAAUUACGGCAUCUGGUAUUCAGCAAACGACUCAGGCCCGCACACACACACACAGACCCACACUAGCAAGGAGAAGUACAUAAUAUUAAUAGAGACAGACAGCGUAGAGGAGCAACGUCGUAGCAUCAUGGCAGACAGCGAAUUCGAGGAGUUCCACAGGCCCAUCUUUGAGCCACAUCAAAUACAAACCUAUAUGAGCCCGGGCCAAAAGAAAAAUAACGCCCAUACAUUCUAUUCCUUAAUACCCAACGACGACCUCGAGGACUCACCAUCUUCGAAAAGUGAUGCCUCUGAUCAAGAAGAUGCCGGCGGUGGAGAUCUUUGCUGUGAAACAAUAAAAUUGCAGCGUCAAGUAGAGGAUGAUGAAAUCGGUGACAGUCUCAAGGUAGUAUCACUCUCUUCGGAUGGAUCGUUGGACACAAAUGACUCCUUCAACUCACACCGACAUCAUCCGUUGAAUCAUCAGGAUGCAAUUGGUGGUCUGGUUGGCAUUGGUACAGGUGCUGGCACGGGUAAUACAACCGGCACCGAUUGCGUAAUUGGUUCGCAAUUAUUACUUUCUCCCAAUACAGCUGCUGCAAUUGGUGCAACCCAGCAGCAACAACGACGUCGACGAAAAUUACCGGAAAUACCAAAGAAUAAGAAAUCUUCCAUUCUACAUCUUUUAGGUGGUGGAUAUGGGCAAACUACAUUGGCUGACGAAAUGAACAAUGGGCGUAAUCAAUUGAAUGACAACAACAACGCCAUCACUGGCAAUACAAUUAACGGCAAUACGAAUGGUUUAAAUGGUGGCACCACAGUAAGAAAUAAUCAACGCUCAUUUUUGACACUCAAAUGUGGUUAUCUACUUGAUGAGGACUCUAGUCCAGAUUCCGAACGUUUACAGAGUUUGGGCGAUGUGGAUAGUGGUCACAGCACUGCACAUUCCCCAACUGAUUUCAAAAGUAUGUCACCACAAAUCACUUCCCCCGUUUCGCAAUCACCAUUUCCUCAGCCAUUCGGUGGUGUGCCCUUCUCCCAACUCGAAAUACUUGAAGCUACACAUCGUGGCUUACACAAAUUUAUACCACGUCAUCAUGAUGAAAUCGAAAUUGAAAUCGGCGAUGCUAUUUACGUACAAAAGGAGGCUGACGAUCUUUGGUGUGAGGGUGUAAAUCUGCGUACUGGUCGGCAAGGUAUUUUCCCCUCAGCCUAUGCGGUUGAUUUGGAUUACAAUGAAUUCGAUCCGACGGUGCAACAGGUGAAGAAAGAGCGUUAUUUGCUCGGUUACUUGGGUUCGGUAGAGACAUUAGCUCACAAGGGAACCGGUGUUGUGUGCCAAGCAGUGCGUAAGAUUGUUGGUGAAUAUGGAAAUUCACCAGCUGGUCAAGUGUGCAUACUGGAGGUGUCCGAUCAGGGCUUACGCAUGGUAGACCGUUCGGGACCAAAUAAGAAGGACAAGAAACCCUGCAUCGAUUACUUCUACUCACUAAAGAAUGUCUCAUUCUGUGCAUUUCAUCCACGUGAUCAUCGCUUUAUUGGCUUCAUAACGAAGCAUCCAACGGUGCAACGUUUCGCAUGCCAUGUUUUCAAGGGAUCUGAGUCUACACGACCCGUAGCCGAAGCCGUGGGCCGUGCAUUUCAACGUUUCUAUCAGAAAUUCAUAGAAACAGCAUAUCCGAUUGAAGAUAUAUACAUUGAGUAAGCUUCAAGUUGCUCGUAUUGACUAGUAUUGACUGGUUCAUAAAAUGGAUGCGCUGUGCUACUGCAUGGAUAUUGCUAUUGCUGGUUUGUGGUUUACGCUUAUUUUCCCCAAAAACACGUUAACACAAUUUAAAUGAAAAAUGUUGUAUUCAACAAGUAUGAGAUGAAUACUCUUAACGAGUGAUAUGUACACUCAAGUUUGUGUUUAUUUAAAGAAGAAAGAAAGUGCAAGUAAAACAUAAACAAAUAUAUAGAGUUUAAAAUUAUUCCAAAUUAAUUGAGCAACCACAAUUACUUAGGAGAAUAAUUAGCAAUAGUCGUUUAGUUGUUAAAGUCAGAAGUAUUUGUGAAAACACUUCGCCCAUUGUAAUCAUCCAAAUAGCUUUUUAGAUUUGCAGUUGAAGAAGUAGGGUUAUGUGAAAAAAGUUAAAGCAUUGAUGAUUUCCGGUAAUUUGCAAAAAUAUAAUCAAGCAUAUGUAUAUGCAAAAUAAUUACAUCACGGCAAUUCUUUUUUAAAUUAAUUUUAUAAGAAUUAUAUAGAUAAUAAUAAUUAAGAACAUAUAAUUUUUAUAUGAAUAUUUAUUACCAUUAUGUGCAGUUUUAAAUUCAAAAUUAAUUUGUAUUCCAUAAAAACGAAUGGCCUGCAGUUAAACUUCUACUUCAAAUAAUUCAUUACUUUUCAAUUUUUUCUCUCUACGCUGGAGUAUCAAGAGCGAAAUUUUCUUCGACUGAAUUUGCCAAAUAUGUAUACGAGUAUGAUACUCAACAAAAAAUUCCAUCAAUUUAUAAUAGACAUAGAAUUCGAAACAAAAGAUAAUAUAACAAAAAUUAGAGUAAAAACAAUUCACGGGCGAUCGGAGGUCGGGCAUAGGAAAAGGAGGGGCGUGGUUGAAUUUCUAAGUGUUAAAAACGGUUUAACUCGAUUUCAGGCAAAACUACGAGUUUUAUAGAAAAAGAAUUAUGUGGAAAUGAAAAAAAUUCCCCCUCCCCUUUUUCACAUAACCUCAAAAUUUAUGUGAAAAAUUCAAAUACGCAAGUUUUCGAGCAAAAAAUGUUUUUCUUUCACGAAAUUUGGUGUAAACGUACAUUCACAUGUCCCAAACACGCUGCAUUUUUUAAUUUAAAAUAUUAAGGAAAAAACCUUAUUUCGACUUAAAAUUAAAAAAGCCCCUAAUUUUCAAUCAAAAUUUCUCAUGUCAAUUUUUUUGAUUUUUUUUUUAAUCUCUAUUUUCUGAUGAAAGAAAAAUAUAUAUAUACAUUACUACUUGUAUGUUAAAUUUUCGCGACCUCAGAUCGCACGUAAAUUAUUUUUCCUUUUAUUCUUGUUAUUUUUUCUUACGUUUUCAAUGAAUUUCAUUAAAUUUUUAUUAGGUUUCUGCACAGGUCUAUCAGCGUAAGCAGUGAAGAGAAAGCCAGAAAUUACAUUUUUCUGGAAUACAAACAAAAAAAAACAAAAAACAUUCAUUAUAAUUAUAUUUAAAUUAAGUUCUAAUUUUUCCCCUCGCAAUCAUUACCGUCCGUGGUUAUGUUAAAAAUUUAUUAGCUCAUUUCAUUAAUUACUAUAUAAAUAUUCAAUAAGUUGUACAUUUAUUCAACUUUAAACUAAUUUAUAAUAAAUAAGCAAAUAAAUAUAAAUAUGUGUGUUAAUAUAUGUUUAUAAGUUCUUACUGACUAUGAUUAGUUUUAAGCUUCCAAUUUCUACUUAAGAUGUUAAUUGAAAAUCGGUUAAUAAAUAUUUUUGCAAUAUAAAUACAUAUAUAUUAUAUGAAAAUCAAAAUCGCUUUUUACAACAAAUAUACUUUUUUAAAAACAUUUUUUUGUUUUUUCAAAAAAAAAAUUUAAGGGUAUAAGAAUUAUGCUUAUUUAUUUAGUCAAAAUGAACGUUUUUAAAAAUGUUUAUAGUUUUGGUUAACUCAAAAAAGUGUAAAUAGUUUAGAAAUUGGGAGAGAUAAAAGUUGGAGAAAUAUGUCGGGAUGCGCGCUUUAAAAA